AUGUCUGCACUUGCACCGCCAGUUCUAAGAUUCGACAAGUUGCCUGCUGAGCUGAUCUCGUUGAUCAUAUAUCAUGCUCAGAUCACUUGGCAUAACGAACACUUCGCGGUACAAGCUCCAUACGCAGAGGAGGUCAACCGUUACGAGCCACCGCCCCCCGGGUCUGCGCCGUCCCAUGUACUCGCAUGCUGCAACGGCGCACGAUCGGAUUUCAGUCGGCCGACUUGCAUAUGCUCAGACUCUGGAAGAGCCCUUCCGAAUCACCUGCCUUCUCCUGCCCAUAGCGCUUCGCUGGUAUCGAAAAAGCUACGCGGUGUCCUUGAGGGGAAUUCCCACAUCUGGCAAUUGGAUAACACCGUGUACCCAGCGAUUGCGCGCCGCUCUGGAGAACGACGCACCACCUCUCGUGGCCAGACUGUCAUCGAGUACGGAUCACGCAGCCUCGUAGCGUUGGACGUCUGCGCUUGUCUUCUCCGCGGCCUUCGUCUCUUCUACUCCAGUCUUGAGAGCGUCAAGCUUAGGCUGCCGUGGUCCGGCGACCGCAGCCUGGGGUCCGAGCUACGACAAUUCCUUCGUGACAUCAGGGGUGGCGAGAACAGCCCUCUGCGUAGCUUCGACAUGGAGGCUUUAGACGCAGACCCGUUUCACGUUCGGGAUGGUGUGCGUCGGCGUAUGACGGCUUUGGAGAGCGUAAACCUGCGUAGAAGCUGGUUUUAUCGGGGCAAUGUGUACUACUACUCAAAUACAUUGAUCUCCCUUUGCCUCCGUCAAGGUCCUGGAACCUCCAUGGUUUUUGGAUCGGCGCUAUCCAUCGGUCUCUCGGCGUGCGCCGACGCGCUCGAGUAUCUGACGAUCGACAUCCCCGAAGGCUUUGUUGCUGAUAUCGAGGACAGCAUCACAUUUCUUAGACUACGCUACUUUCGGCUUUGCACUGAUCCCCUUUUUGGAGCUGUCCUGCUUGGCAGGCUCGUUCUCCCCUACGCACUCGACUUCCAUCUCGAGCAGGUCGAGUCCUGGAAAGAGUGCUUUACCGCAAAGCACCAGGGAACAUACCAGGUGCCCUUCUGGCCUUCGGAGUCCCCAGACCCGCUCGACUGGAGGCGACCCCCUGCAUUUGCUCAAGAUCUAGCAGAACCCCAUCGCACCCGCUUGAUACACUCCUCCAACCCCGCAGAGCACCAGGAGAACGUCGCUGACCAAGCUGAACCGCUGUGGCGGCGCUCAACGGCGGUGAUAGGGCUGGACGUGCAUAUCGAUCCAAACACCGAGCCCUUCGAACCGGCGGCGGCACGAUUCCCCGCGUCUGUCAGCGUCGCAUUGGCAGAGUCAGUCGAUGAACUUCGUCCGGUGUUGCGGGACCCUGUAGGUCGCGAUGCCGGGGGGAGUCGGGAGUUGGGCGAUAAGCUUGCGGCGCGGCGAUCCCUCACAUUUAGAGACAACGAGGUUCCCUCGCGACCCAGGUGUCUUACCAGGCCUAGGGAUAUUGAGGUCAAUACCCAGUAUCCAAAAGCUUUAUACGACACCCUUCAAUACGUUCUGAGCCUUGUACCCGACGCCAAGGCUUCCGCGUCCGAGCGCCGAGUGCGAGAGUUUGUCUUCGCCAAAGACAGCUGGCUGCCCGAUCGGUCUCUAGGAUACCAGCACAUCCUGGGGAGAUUCACGGCUCUCACCGUGCUGCAUUUUGACGGUCCUUUGCUCAGCGGCCGUGUUCAAUUCAAGCAGAACAUGGAGGGUUGCUUGGCGUUCGAGCAUCUUCACGCCCUUGCGUAUGCUCUUAAUGCUCCGGGUACCGGCGGCGUUUAUCUCUGCCCGGCGUUGGAAGUCAUUCAUCUGAAGGCGCCGGUGGAGAGGUUGCUGAGCUUGCAGGAGCGAGUGGACUGGAUUGAGACGAUUAAUUCACCAGAUCGCCUGGCUUUCGGUGCGCAGAGGAUUCGGUUCACCUAA